GGGAGCAUUCAUUUUAGAUUUUACUAAGAACUCUGCUAACAUUUUUCAACAUUCCCUUCUGUUCUUUCUUUGUUUUCAAAGAAAGCUCUGAUUUUGUUUCAUUUUCAGCUGGAGACUUAAAUGACAGCAAGCAAAGCCUACUUAGUUUAGAUUUCAAGAAAUUGACUGGUGAAAAAUUAAACAUGAAGUUUAUAGUUUUGUUUUGUUUUGUUCUGCUUAUCAUUAUUCAAACUGACUUUGGACAAAAUGAAGAAAUUCCUAGGAAGCAAAGAAGAAAGAUGUAUCGAAGAAGAUUGAGGAAAAGUUCCUCACCCAACCACAGGUCAAAUAGACAGCUUGGAAUUCAGCAAAUGACGACAGUUACACCAACAGCAAGAUUUCCCAUUGUUAACUUUGAUUACAGCAGAGAAGAGAAGUUUGAAUCCUUUUUAAGUUUUCUUGGAGUAGAAUCAAGCUAUAAUGUGUUACCAGGAAAGAAAGGACACUGCUUGGUGAAGGGCAUGAUCAUGUACAACAAGGCUGUAUGGUCACCUGAGCCCUGCACUACCUGCCUCUGCUCAGAUGGAAGAGUGAUUUGUGAUGAAACCAUGUGUCACCCCCAGAUGUGCCCCCAAACAGUUAUACCUGAAGGAGAAUGCUGCCCAGUCUGCUCUGAUACUGUCUCCUAUCCUCUACUCAGUGGUAUGGCAUUAAAUGAUAGAACUGAAUUUUCUGGUGAUUCUUCAGAGCAAAGAGAACCUAUCAAAUUACUUCAAAAGCAACUGCCACCUCCUCAGGUGGAAAUGGACCAAAUAUUACAAAAGGAAGCACUUCAAUCUGAGGAGGAUGAAGAAGAAAUUAAAGAAGAGACAGAACAAAAGAAAGAGACCCCUGGACCUAGAGAUUGGGGGAAACUUCACAAUGAAUGGGAGAGCAGAGGAGGAGAGAGAGAGCAGAGGCCUGGAGAGGAAGAGAGGUCAGCACAACAACCGCAACAUCAAGGAAGGGAAGAGGAGGAGGAAGAAGGGGAGGAAAGAGAGGAGGAGGAGGAGGAGGACCCUGUGAGAGGAGAUGUGUUCCGAAUGCCCUCUCGAUUACCAGUUCCUGCUCCCCCGAGAGGCAGGCCACGCCUGCCAAAUGGGUGCUCUCUGUCCUACAGGACCAUCAGCUGCAUUGAUGUCUUCCUCACCCAGAUACCACCCCUGACCGCACCAGAGAUAACAAGCCUGGAGCUCGUUGGCAACUCCAUCAUAUCCAUCCCGGAUGAAGCAUUUAAUGGACUACCGAAUUUGGAAAGGCUUGAUCUGAGCAAAAAUAAUAUCACCUCUCCAGGCAUAGGUCCAAAAGCAUUCAAGCUUCUGAAGAAGUUAAUGCGUCUGAAUAUGGAUGAAAAUAAUUUGGUACAGAUUCCUUCAGAAUUACCAUCUACAUUAGAAGAACUUAAAAUCAAUGAGAACAAUCUUCUGGGUAUCGAUGAAGAAAGCUUAUCAGGCUUAAAUCACUUGGUCACCUUAGAGCUGGAAGGAAACAAUCUCAGUGAAGCCAACAUCAAUCCUUCAGCUUUCAAACCUUUAAAGAGCCUAUCCUACCUGCGUCUGGGAAAAAAUAAAUUUAGAAUUAUACCACAGGGUCUUCCUGCUUCUGUUGAGGAAUUAUACCUAGAAAAUAACCAAAUUGAAGAAAUAACUGAAAUUUGUUUCAAUCAUACCAGAAAGAUCAAUGUCAUUGUACUACGUUAUAAUAAAAUAGAAGAAAAUAGGAUUGCUCCUUUAGCCUGGAUAAAUCAAGAAAAUCUAGAAUCCAUUGAUCUGUCCUACAACAAGCUCUAUCAUGUCCCCUCCUACCUACCCAAGUCCUUGUUGCACCUUGUGCUCAUGGGGAACCAGAUUGAACGGAUACCUGGCUAUGUGUUUGGCCAUAUGGAGCCAGGCCUGGAAUACUUGUACCUGUCAUUUAACAAACUCACUGAUGACGGCAUGGACCAUGUCUCAUUCUAUGGGGCCUAUCAUUCUCUGAGAGAAUUAUUUCUGGAUCACAAUGACUUAAAAUCUAUACCACCUGGGAUACAAGAAAUGAAAGCACUACAUUUUCUGAGGCUGAAUAACAACAAGAUAAGGAAUAUUCUUCCAGAACAAAUUUGCAAUGCUGAAGAGGAUGGUGACUCAACUCUGGAACAUCUUCAUCUUGAAAACAAUUACAUUAAAACUAGAGAAAUAUCAUCCUAUGCAUUUUCAUGCAUAAGAUCAUAUUCAAGUGUGGUUCUUAAACCCCAAAGCAUCAAAUAAUACCAAGUUUUUCUUUGCCAUUUAUAAGGUUUACUCAUAUAUUCAUAGCAGUAGCAUUUGUCAUUAAUAAAAGAGACAUAAUCCUCACAUCAUAAUCCGUAUCAUUAUGCUUGUCAACCUGAUUCACCAAUCCACUGAUAAAAAACUAAAAACAUACCUAUAAGGUAUAGUCUUCUAGGAAUUUUAGUAAAGGAAAAAAACACCAGACUAGAAAGAAGCUAUCUCACUAGAAUAGGAUAUUAUGCAUGCUGAGCUAGACCAAAAUACCUAGAACAAAAUAAAUACACCCUUUACAAUCGACCUGCAUACUGCUAAUUGCUGACUCCUUAAGUCUAUUUAAAAAUUAUUGAUGUUAUGAUUCAAGACCAAGAAGCAUACUGGCAACAACAACCAAAAACCAGGUAGAAAUGUUCUUCAUUACUCUAUUAAAACAGUAAUUUAUUAGUUUUCUGUAAGAUCCUGUGUUAUAAUUACUGGUAUAAAUAUACUUAAGUAUUGGGUUAGCUUUUGUUCCCUCUAUUAAUUACAUGUGUAAAAUUAAAACACUAUUAUAAUUUUAAUUUUCUGAUUUUGAUAAUUAUAUUAUGGUUAUGAACAUUGUUAACAUUAACAGAAGCAGGCAAAAGGGUAUAUUAUAUACCAUUUUCGGUAAAUCUAAAAUUAUUUUUUUAAGUUAAAAAUAGUAUUUUAAGAUCAUCUUCACUAUUCUUUACUCAAAAUCAAGAUUUUAUAGAAAGCAGUACUGUUUGCUUAAAAUACAAAUUAAUUACUCUUGACUCUAACCUUGUAAAUGUAAACCUAAUGCAUGAAUUUUUGAAAAUUUUUGCUCCAUUGGUAACAGUUAGCACCUAUCUCCUUUGCCCUAAUUUGCUGAAAUGUAUCCUUUCAUUUAGUUCAAUUGAACAUAAAGCUAUUAGUGUUUACUAUGUACCAGGCCCUACUAAAACAAUAUAUUAAAAUUUUCAUAACAUAA